CGGUUCGUUGUUCUUCUCUCGUUCUUCGUGUAACUUUUUCCUGAUGGUGUUUGUUCGGUUCGACGCGUCAAUCGCUGGGAAGUUUCUGGAAAUUGGCAGAAUAUUACGUUGAAUAUCGGUUGUAAAGUACCGAGGUUUCGUGCAUUGCCGUUGGGAUUAAAUCGUGCCGGUGGAUUGUGCAAAUUGUCCCGUUUUGUGUGGAAUAUUUAAAUUUGAAAAUUUCUUUGUCGGCAGCCAUUUUCUUCCAAGCUAAAAGUGUUGGAUUUUGCAGUGUACUGUUAGAGAAAAUUGGACUUUAUUUGGUAUUGAUUUAGAAAGUUGUGCAAUUAUUAAAAGUGAGUGAAUUAGUGGGUUAAGAAAAGUAUAGGAUGGCGAGCCCCUCGCCAGUAAAUAGUCCUAUGCCUCCGCCUCAAGCGCCGAGUCCAAUGGGACCACCUUCGCAGAGCCCCGCACCGUCCCCCUCGCCGCAUAGCCCGUAUCAGCCACCACCGGGCCCGCCUCAGGGUCCUCCGCAUAUGGCUCCGGGGCAAGGUCCGCCGCACCCGCACGGUCCACCAGGCCCGCCACAAGGGGGUCAAGGUGGUCAUAUGCAAAUGCAGGGUCCCCCGCCACAACAUGGACCGCAGCCACCGAAUCCCCAUGGACCACCACCACCGCAGCAUGGUCCUCCGCAUAUGAACGGUCCUCCACCGCAAGGUCCCGGAGGACCCCAGGGACCUCCGCAGCACCAUAUGCAAGGCCCCGGAGGGCCUCCCGGACCACCACCACAGCAUAUGCAGCAGCAUCCUCCGGGUCCACCCCAUCCGCAGAUGGGUCAGCAUUCGGGACCGCCACCGCAAUCGCAGCCGCCGCAUCCCGGAAUGCCGCCCCACCAGGGCCCGCCAAUGCCACCCGGGAUGGUUCCCGGGGGCUAUCCACCUCACUCGAUGCCACCCAAUUCGGGUCCCCCACCACCGGUAUCGAUGCAACCAGGUGGUCCCGGUCAAGCCAUGUCCGGUCCAGGUCCCAGUAUGGGUGGCCCCGGAGGCCCCAACAUGAUGCCCGGAGGACCACCGCCUCCACCCGGACAGGAAAAUCUAAACGCCCUCCAGCGAGCCAUCGAUUCCAUGGAGGAAAAGGGUCUGCAGGAAGAUCCACGCUAUUCUCAACUGUUGGCUCUCCGUGCCACUUCCAAGCAGCAAAAUCUGAAUGCCUCCCAGCUGCACCAGCUUCGUGGUCAAAUCAUGGCCUACAGAUUGCUGGCACGUCAUCAGCCCAUCAGUAAGCAACUCGCAUCCCAAAUUCAAGCGCAGCGUUCCGACGGAACACCUCCGCAAUGCCCGACUCCUCCGGCUAGUCCCUAUCCGGGACCUCAGGGAGGGCCAUCCCCGCAACCAGGAAUGCAACAGCAGCAACCACUUCAACAAGGUCCACCUCAGGGACCUCAACAGGGUCCUCCGGGCGUUCCACCUGGCAAGGUAGGUCCUCCGGAACCGGGAAAGCCACCCAGCGGUGGAAUGCCUCCAAAUCAAAGUCCCAUGCCGGGAAUGACCAUGGGAGGACAGCAACCUUCUCAUCAACAGCAAAUGGGUCCCGGCCAACCGCAGCGUCCGAGCUCGCAAGGCCCUGCCGGAGCUGGACCCCGUCCGGCAGCCCAAGCUCCCACUGUCCAACCCAUUCAGAAGCAGAAUCGUGUUACAACCGUAGCUAAGCCGGUAGGAUUGGACCCAAUCACCAUUCUCCAGGAACGAGAGAACAGAAUGGCUGCCAGAAUUUCCCUCAGGAUGGAGGAACUGAGCAACCUUCCUGCUACGAUGCCCGAAGAUCUGAGAAUUCAGGCUCAAAUCGAGCUCAGAGCUUUACGAGUGCUGAACUUCCAACGUCAGCUGAGAUCGGAGAUAGUUCAGUGCACCCGGAGGGACACAACUCUGGAGACGGCGGUCAACGUCAAAGCCUACAAGCGUACCAAGCGUCAGGGCUUGCGUGAAGCCAGAGCUACCGAAAAGCUCGAGAAGCAACAGAAAUUGGAAGCCGAACGCAAGCGUCGUCAGAAGCAUCAGGAAUUCCUGGCAUUGGUCCUACAACACGGAAAGGACUUCAAGGAGUACCAUCGGAACAACGUCGCCAAGCUGGGCCGCCUGAACAAGGCCAUUAUGAACUACCACGCCAACGCCGAACGGGAGCAAAAGAAGGAACAGGAACGUAUCGAGAAGGAACGUAUGCGCCGUCUGAUGGCCGAGGACGAAGAGGGCUACCGUAAGCUUAUUGAUCAAAAGAAAGAUAAACGUUUGGCGUUCCUGCUGUCGCAGACUGACGAGUACAUUGGCAAUUUGACGGAGAUGGUCAAGCAGCACAAGGUGGAUCAGAAGAAGAAGAAGGACGACGAGGAACACCGCAAACGGCGCAAGAAGCGCAUGGUGCUAGAAAGCGGAGACAUUCAGCAUCUGGAUACGGACUGCGAGGCGCACGAUUGCCGCGUAACGGUGGUGGAAACAUCUUCCGGAAAGACAAUCACCGGGGAUGAUGCUCCGUAUUUGCGGGAUUUGUACGGUUGGUUGCAGGUCCAUCCCGGAUGGGAGUAUGUCAUUUCCGACACGGAGGAUGAUGACGAUGACGAAGAUUCGGAUGAGAAGAGGAAGAGAGGACACGAUAUGGAGGAUGAUUCUAAGACAAAGGAGGUCAUCCAAAAAGCCAAGGUCGAGGACGAUGAGUACAAGACGGAGGAACAGACUUACUAUAGCAUUGCCCAUACAGUACAUGAGAAGGUCACCGAGCAGGCUUCGAUUUUGGUCAACGGUAUGUUGAAGGAGUACCAGGUCAAGGGUCUAGAGUGGUUGGUCUCGCUGUUCAAUAACAAUUUGAACGGAAUUUUGGCUGACGAGAUGGGUCUGGGUAAGACGAUUCAGACCAUCGGUCUGGUGACCUACCUAAUGGAGAAGAAGAAAAACAACGGUCCGUACUUGAUCAUUGUCCCGUUGUCUACCCUGUCCAAUUGGGUCUUGGAAUUUGAGAAAUGGGCCCCGGCUGUUGGAGUGGUCGCAUACAAGGGAUCUCCCGCAGGUCGUCGUGCAGUUCAGAAUCAGAUGAAAGCGACCAAGUUCAACGUACUGCUGACUACGUACGAAUACGUCAUCAAGGACAAGGCCGUACUGGCCAAGAUCUCCUGGAAGUAUAUGAUCAUCGACGAGGGUCACCGUAUGAAGAACCACCAUUGCAAACUGACCCAAGUCCUGAACACUCACUACACGGCACCGCACCGUUUGCUGUUGACCGGUACUCCACUUCAGAACAAGCUCCCGGAAUUGUGGGCCCUGCUGAACUUUUUGCUACCAUCAAUCUUCAAAUCUUGCUCUACGUUCGAACAGUGGUUCAACGCCCCGUUCGCCACCACCGGUGAAAAGGUCGAACUGAACGAGGAAGAAACAAUUCUGAUUAUUCGACGUCUGCACAAGGUGCUGCGUCCGUUCUUGCUGCGUCGUUUGAAGAAGGAAGUCGAAUCACAGCUGCCGGACAAGGUCGAGUACAUCGUCAAGUGCGACAUGUCCGGAUUGCAGCGGGUGCUCUACAAGCACAUGCAGAGCAAGGGAGUUUUGCUGACGGAUGGCUCUGAGAAGGGCAACAAGGGUAAGGGAGGAGCAAAGGCCCUCAUGAACACGAUUGUGCAGUUGCGAAAAUUGUGCAACCAUCCUUUCAUGUUCCAACACAUUGAGGAGAAGUAUUGCGAUCACAUUGGCGGUCAUGGUACCGUUUCGGGACCGGAUUUGUACCGAUCGUCCGGAAAGUUUGAACUACUGGACCGGAUUCUGCCGAAGCUGAAGGCAACCGGACAUCGGGUGUUGCUCUUCUGUCAAAUGACCCAAUGCAUGACCAUCAUUGAGGACUAUCUGUCUUGGCGUGGAUUCGGGUACCUCCGGUUGGAUGGUACCACCAAGGCCGAGGAACGUGGUGACUUGCUGAAGAAAUUCAACUGCAAAAAUUCGGAAUACUUUGUAUUCUUGCUGUCCACCCGAGCCGGUGGUUUGGGUUUGAAUCUGCAGACGGCGGACACGGUCGUCAUCUUCGAUUCCGAUUGGAAUCCACAUCAGGAUUUGCAGGCGCAGGAUCGUGCCCAUCGUAUAGGUCAGAGGAACGAGGUCCGUGUGCUGCGACUGAUGACAGUUAAUUCAGUGGAAGAACGAAUUUUGGCUGCAGCUAGGUACAAAUUGAACAUGGACGAAAAAGUUAUCCAGGCUGGUAUGUUCGAUCAAAAAUCCACCGGUAGCGAGCGGCAGCAGUUCCUGCAGAGCAUUCUCCACCAGGACGAAAUGGACGAGGAGGAAGAGAACGAAGUUCCGGAUGAUGAGAUGAUAAAUUUGAUGAUUUCUCGUCAUGACGACGAGUUGGAGUUGUUCAAGAAGAUGGACGCCGAACGGAAAAUCGAAGAGGCAGGAAAGUCCCGUUUGCUCGAGGAAUGCGAACUGCCCGACUGGCUGGUGAAGGAGGAGGAAGAAGUCGAUCGGUGGGAUUACGAGGAGGACAAUUCCAUUCUGGGACGUGGUUCGCGUCAGCGAAAGGAAGUUGACUACACAGACAGUCUCACCGAGAAGGAGUGGCUCAAGGCCAUCGACGAUGGGGCAGAUUUCGACGAGGAACUGGAAGAGGAAGAACGCGAGAAAAAGCGCAAGGGUCGCAAGAGGAAAAAUCGCAGAGAAGAUUCCGACGAAGAAAGUGUCAUUUCGACGGUGACCAAACGCAGGAAGGGAACCACCGCUCCGAAGGUGAAGAAACAGAUGAAGAAAGUCAUCGAGGCGGUGAUCAAGUACACUGACCAGGAUGGACGGGUCCUGAGCGAACCGUUCAUGAGACUUCCCUCGCGAAGGGAUUUGCCCGAUUAUUACGAAGUCAUCAAGCGACCCAUCGACAUCAAGAAGAUCGUGACGAGAAUCGAAGAAGCCAAGUACGCCGAUUUCCCCGAUUUGGAGAAGGACUUCUUCCAGCUCUGUCAGAAUGCACAAAUCUACAACGAAGAAGCCUCGCUCAUCUACGAAGAUAGCUUGGAACUGCAGCAGAUUUUCACCACCUCGAAGCAAAAGAUUCUGGAGGCCGGCGAAGAGGAGGAUUCCGACGAUGAUGAAGAUGACAACUCGGAUGAAGAAUCAGGCAGCGUUAAGAUGAAGUUGAAAAUCUCCAAGGCUGGCACGUCGUCGUCGUCGUCGAUGUCGGCAUCGAAGCCGAAGGGCACGCCGGGCCGCAGGAAGCGCUCGCAGAAGAAGUACACCAUCAGCGACGAUGACGAUGACGAUAUGGAUUAGAGUUAAGCUUUUGGCGGCACAUAUUUAUAGCCGAUUCUAUGAUUAAUUGCAACAUGUAUGUUUGUAGGGUGUACCGUUUAUUAACUGUGGAUCAACUAUAUAACUUAUUAUGCGCUAGCUACAGUAGAGGGAAUAUGGUGCAUGUUUUCCAGUUGCUAAAAUUUUGACCAUCUUGUGAAGGUUUUAGCGGUGAAAUUCAUUCAAAAGAUCUCUACAGUUUUUUGAGUAACGAAAGUUUAUCAAUAUAUAGCUAACCGAUUACAAAAAUGAAAUGUCACCAUAAUUUAGAAAUCUGCAUCGGCACUAGUUGCAAACAAUUCGAAUGCGUAGGAAGGUGAAUAUAAAUUCCCAUAAAAUUGAAUUAUUAUACGCUAUUAUAGCUAUUUUAAUAGGUAAGACUAUAUAAGCUCUUCACAAUAUAUACGAUGUUUAGCUGACUUAGCACCUAUUAUGAUUGGAAAAUUUACUAGGCGUGAAAAGGCUAGGAAA